AUGAGCGACAUCACGCCCGUGCAAACCCACGGGAGCACCGCCAAGAGCGAAAUCCGGAUUGAAGAAGACAUCUAUGAGAACGCCCAAGGGUCGUCAUCACGUGCAGUAGACGGAGAGAUAGAAACACAGGCAACUUCCUCUCAAAGACGACCGAAGCCGAAGCAGACAUAUAGUCAUACGCACUUCAAGGUGUACAAGAGAAGAUGGCUCGGUCUUGGACAGCUCGUGUUGUUGAACAUUGUUAUUAGCUGGGAUUGGUUGACCUUCGCUCCCGUCUCCACAUCAGCAGCAACAUACUUCAACGUUUCUGAGACAGCGAUCAACUGGCUCUCAACCGGGUUCUUCUUCUCCUUCGCAGUCGCAGCUCCCCUCGUCAUCUGGACGCUUCACCGCAGUCCAAAAGAGAGCAUUCUCUGGGCCUCUGGUCUACUUUUGGUCGGCAACUGGAUCCGCUAUGCAGGCACACGCGCAUCAGGCGGCAUCUUCGGCGUCGUGAUGUUCGGCCAGAUCUUGACUGGUCUUGCGCAACCUUUCGUACUUGCUGCGCCAACGAGGUACUCCGACAUGUGGUUCACUGAGCGAGGACGAGUAGGUGCGACCGCACUAGCCAGUCUGGCGAACCCAUUUGGUGGUGCUCUCGCCCAGCUGGUCAACCCCUUCCUCGGCUCCGUCGACAAAAUCGUCUUAAUCGUCUCAAUAAUCACAACCGUAUCCUGCAUCCCCUCCAUCUUCCUGCCCGCCGCUCCACCAACACCACCCACCGCCUCCUCCAGCCUAUCGCGAACACCCGUCUUCGAGUCGAUAAAAGUUAUGCUGCGCUCUCCGCCGUUCUACAUUGUCUUCCUAACCUUCAGCGUCUACGUUGGCUUCUUCAACGCCUUUUCUUCGCUGCUAAACCAAAUCCUCUAUCCCUACGGCUUCUCUGAGGACGAAGCGGGAAUUUGCGGCGCGGUGCUCAUCGUGGUUGGUCUUGUUGUCGCGGCCGUCACUUCGCCGGUCCUCGACCGCACACAUGCAUACCUCUUGGGUAUCAAGAUCCUAUGUCCGUUCAUCGCGCUGAGCUACCUAGCAAUGAUCUGGGCGCCGCAGACGAGGAGCAUUGUUGCGCCGUAUGUGCUGAGUGCGGUGCUGGGUGCGAGUUCGUUCAGUCUGCUGCCCGUCGCACUGGAGUAUCUAGUCGAAAUCACAUUCCCAGCUAGUCCUGAAGUUAGCUCGACGAUUUGUUGGGUUGGGGGGCAGUUCAUUGGGGCUUGCUUCGUGCUCAUUAUGGAUGCUCUGAAGGAUGGGCGACCAGUGGACCUGGAUAAAGUCAGCGAUGGGGGAAGGAUAGAGGGAGGAGGAGAUCGGCCGCCUGGUAAUAUGUAUAAUGCUCUGGUUUUUGAGGCGAUUGUGGGGAUGGUCGUGUUGCCGUUGCCGUUGAUGUUGGGAGUGAAAAGGCUGGGUUUGGCUGUUGGAAAGGGGAGACUGAAGGUUGAUGAGAAUAGAGAGGGGGAGGUUAUAGAGGGUCAGGAGAGUUGA